GUGUACUCUACCCAGGCGAUGGCAUGGUGAUGUGGGAAGUUGUGAUAUGAAAACCCUAUUUUAGACAAGAAAUUUAAAAAAGAGUUGCAGAUUGAUUCUGAUUUCGCACUCUUAGCAAGAGUGGAAUGAAGAGAAUUAACAUUGUGUUAUUCAAUAAUGAGUGUCACUUGGUUUCCAAAACGACUACAAAAAAAGAGAAUUUGCAGUACUAGUACUAGUGGAGGUGCUCAUGUAAUUUGAGCCUGAGAAAUGAAAUGAAAGAGGGGGAGAGGAAAGGGAAAGCGGUGGUUGUAGGGGGGAGUAUAGCCGGGAUCUCCUGCGCACACGCCCUCAUCAGGGCAGGCUGGGAUGUAGUUGUACUGGAGAAAACUCCGGCGCCUCCCACCGCCGGCAUCCCUACCGGCGCCGGACUCGGACUCGACCCUCUGGCCCAGAAACUCAUCCAGUCCUGGCUCACCCAUCCGGACCUUCUUCUUCACUCUACCCUUCCCCUCACAAUCGAUCAAAACAAUGCAACCGAUGAAGAAAAGAAAAUCAAAUGGACAUUAACAAGGGAUGAAGGUUACAACCACAGAGCAGCUUAUUGGGCUGAUCUCUUUCACCUUCUUUACAAUGCUCUACCCCGAAACACUGUCUUGUGGGGCCAUUUGUUUGUCUCUUUUUCGAUACCCAAUGAUGACAGAUCCUAUGUCCGUGUCGAAACCAAAACCUUGGCUUCUGGAGACACUGUCUCCAUAGUUGGCAAUUUACUUGUUGGUGCUGAUGGCUCUCUAUCUUCAAUCCGGAACCAUUUCCUUCCAGACUUUAAACUAAGGUAUUCGGGUUAUUGUGCAUGGAGAGGAGUUGUUGAUUUCUCAAACAAUGAGAACUCAGAAGCCAUAGUUGGCAUAAAGGCAGCAUAUCCAGAUCUUGGCAGGUGCCUUUACUUCAACCUGGGCACUGGAACCCAUAGUGUGCUUUAUGAGCUAAGGGACAAGAAGAUGAACUGGAUUUGGUACAUUAGUCAACCUGAACCACAACUCAAGGGAAGUUCAGUCACCAUGAGAGUGAGCAAUGACAUGCUCAGGAAUAUGCUCGAAGAAGCAGAGAAGGUUUGGGAUCCCGAGCUGACGAGGUUGAUAAGAGAAACAACAGAUCCAUUCCUAAACGUAAUAUAUGAUGCUGACCCUUUGGAGCAAAUACAUUGGGAUAAUGUAGUGUUGGUUGGGGAUGCGGCCCACCCUACGACUCCACAUGGGCUCAGAAGUACAAACAUGUCCAUUUUGGAUGCUGCGGUCUUAGGGAAAUGUCUUGAGAAGUGGGGAGUGGAGAAUCUCAGUUCAGCUCUCAAGGAGUAUCAGUCUGUUCGGCUGCCGGUUGUUUCCAAGCAAGUUCUACAUUCGAGGAGAUUGGGCCGUGUCAAACAAGGGCUCCCCUUCUUACCUGAUGGCUACACCUUUGAUCCAAUAAAUGCAAGUGCAGGUGAUUGCGAAGAGCUUCAACAGAAGAAAAUGCCUUGUUUUGGUGACACUCCAUUAUUUGUGACAACUUCCACGAGUUAGCCUAAUAUCAUUACUUCGCAGCACUCAAAUCGCACCGCCCUAAAAAUAUUCUAUCAUGUAUAUAAUUGUAAAUAAAAAAUAAAAAAAACACUUUGCACAUGUGACAGAAUACUAUUAGGAGGUUCAAUUUGCACCCUCAUGAAAACAACAUUUUGCUUUAUUUGAGUCUGAGGUUUCUUGAAAAUAGUCUCUUUUCUUUUUAAGUGGAGGUAAGGUCUAUCUGCGUAUAGGUACAUUUUGUAUGGUAUUUUACUGAGUUUGUUGUUGCAAUUUCCACUCUCGUCGCGAGAGUGAACAUAACAUUCCAAUGGACAUAGAUGUAUUAAUUAUGUGAUAUUUAUGUUGGAAAAGAAGUUUGUGUAAAGCAAAACCAAGUUCACUUACCAUGAAUGAAUGUGUUGGCCAGGG